AACUAACUCUGUUUGAAGUAGUUCAAACCACAUGAAGCGCUAAUAGCUUCAGUGGACUUGGUUGUACUUGAACUUCAGUCGUUCGGCUGAGGUAGACUGGUGGGCGGGUCUCCUGUAUCAGGUCAGCCUCUGUUUAUUUCCUGGUUAGUUAAACUGGCUUUUGUCAUGUUUACGUGGAUACUUAUACUUUGGAGUGGGCUCUGCUAUGGAUCAGUGUGAGGACAGAGAGGAGGGAGUCCCCCCCUCUAAAACCGCUCUGUGUGGGGAACAUGAGAGCCAGACCAAAGCUCAGAGGAACCAACCUGGACCUGGACCCAGCUGUGUGUCCUUAAAGAGCAACGAUUCAAAAGAACUUGCGACUGAUUUCAAACAAAAAAGUUCCUCCAGUAAAACGAUCCAUCAGAUGCUGAAUUCUCCGAGACCUGAACCCAGCUGUGUGUCCUCAAAAAGUGAACGGCCAAAUAAUUUAAACACCAGUUUUAGACAUACUGCCAAAAAGAUGCAUCAGGAGAGCUCAGAGGUUCCUAGUGGUCAGUCUGAACAGCAGGAUCAAAAACACCUGGACUCCAUAUUUAGGUUGCUGGAAGAAAACAUCAUCACUUUUGUGAAGAAUGAACUGAAGAAGAUCCAGAAAGUUCUGAGUCCAGAUCAUCCAGAAUGUUUAGCGAGUCAGUGGAAGGAUAAGGAGAUGUUGGAGGGUGAAAACCAGAAGAGGAGCAGCAGAGAAGCUCUUCUGAAGAUGGUAGAUGACUUCCUGAGGUGGAUGAAGCAGGAGGCCUUGGCUAACUCUCUACAAAGAAGAACUCCAGCUACAUGCCAACAACAUCUCAAAUGUACAAUGAAGAAGAGGUUCCAGUGCAUGUUUGAGGGGAUUGCUAAAGCAGGAAACUCAACUCUUCUGAAUCAGAUCUACACAGAGCUCUACAUCACAGAGGGAGGGACUGCAGAGGUCAAUGAUCAGCAUGAGGUCCGACAAAUUGAAACAGCAUCCCGGAAACUAGACAAACCAGAAAGAACAAUCAGGCAAGAAGAAAUUUUUAAAGCCUCACCCGAAAGAGAUGAACCAAUCAAAACAGUGCUGACAAAAGGAGUGGCUGGCAUUGGGAAAACAAUUUUAACACAGAAGUUCACUCUGGAUUGGGCUGAAGACAAAACCAACCAAGACAUCCAUUUCAUAUUUCCAUUCACCUUCAGAGAGCUGAAUGUCAUGAAGGAGGAAAAGUUCAGCUUGGUGGAACUUAUUCAUCACUUCUUUACUGAAACUAAAGAUGCAGGAAUCUGCAGCUUUGAAGACUUCAAGGUUCUGUUUAUCUUUGAUGGUCUGGAUGAGUGUCGACUUCCUCUGGACUUUCAGAAAACUGAGGUCUUGACUGAUAUCACAAAGUCCACCUCAGUCGAAGUGCUGCUGACAAACCUCAUCAAGAGAAAACUACUUCCAUCUGCUCGCCUCUGGAUAACCACACGACCUGCAGCAGCCAAUCAGAUCCCUCAUCAGUAUGUUGAUAUGGUGACAGAGGUCAGAGGGUUCACUGAACAACAGAAAGAGCAGUACUUCAAGAAGAGAUUUCAAGAUAAGAAGCUAGCUAUCAAAAUAAUCUCCCACAUCAAGACAUCACGGAGCCUCUACAUCAUGUGCCACAUCCCAAUCUUCUGCUGGAUCACUGCGACAGUUCUGGAGGAUGUGCUGAAAACUAGACAGGGAGGACAGCUGCCCAAGAACCUGACUGAGAUGUACAUAUAUUUCCUGGUGGUUCAGGCCAAAGUGAAAAAAGUCAAGUACGAUGGAGGAGCUGAAACAGAUCCACACUGGAGUCCAGAGAGCAGGAAGAUGGUUGAGUCUCUGGGAAAACUGGCUUUUAAUCAGCUGCAGAAAGGAAACCUGAUCUUCUAUGAAUCAGACCUGACAGACUGUGGUAUUGAUAUCAGAGUAGCCUCAGUGUACUCAGGAGUGUUCACACAGAUCUUUAAAGAGGAGAGAGGACUGUACCAGGACAUGGUGUUCUGCUUUGUCCAUCUGAGUGUUCAGGAGUUUUUGGCUGCUCUUCAUGUUCAUCUGACCUUCUUCUGCUCUGAACUCAAUCUUCUGGAAAAACAAACACCCUCCAAAAAGUAUGAAUCAAGAGAAUCUGCAGAGACACAUUUAUAUCAGAGUGCUGUGGACAGCGCUUUACAGAGUCCAAAUGGACAUCUGGACUUGUUCCUCCGCUUCCUCCUGGGUCUUUCAUGGGAAACCAACCAAGCUCUGCUACAAGGACUGCUGACGAAGACAAGAAGUAGCUCAGUGACAAUUCAGAAAACAGUCGAGUACAUCAAGAAUAAUAUCAGUGACAAUUUGUCUGCAGAGAAAAGCAUCAACCUGUUCCACUGUUUGAACGAACUGAAUGAUCAUUCUCUAGUGGAGGAGAUCCAACAGUCCCUGAAUUCAGGAAGUCUCUCUAGGGAUGAACUGUCUCCAGCUCAGUGGUCAGCUCUGGUCUUCAUCUUACUGUCAUCAGAAAAAGAUUUGAAUGUGUUUGAUCUGAAGAAGUACUCCCCCUCUGAGGAGGGUCUUCUCAGGCUACUUCCAGUGGUCAAGUCCUCCAAGAAAGCUUUAAUGAGUGGCUGUAACCUCUCAGAGAAAAGCUGUGAAGGUUUGUCCUCAAUUCUCAGCUCCCAAUCCUCACAUCUGAGAGAGUUGGACCUGAGUAACAAUAACCUGAAUGUUUGGGGAGUGAAAAAGCUUUCUGCUGGGCUGGAGAGUCCACAUUGUAAACUGGAAACUCUCUGUCUGUCAGGCUGUCUGAUCACAGAGGAAGGUUGUGCUUCUCUGGCCUUAGCUAUUCAUUCCAACCCAUCAUCCCAUCUGCGACAGCUCGACCUGAGCUACAAUCAUACAGGAGACGGGGGGAAGCUGCUGCUAUGCGGACUUGAGGAUCCACUCAGGAGACUGGAGACUCUCAGCUUGGAACCGGUUGGUGUCGAGUGGUUGAUACCAGGUCUGAGGAAGUGUAAGUAUGUUUUUGUUUUGUAAAAUCUCGAAUAAGUUUUUCCCUCAAAGUAGUGACAAUUUUCAUCGAUAUCCAGAUGCGAUGCAGCUCAGCAGUGAGUAGAAUUGAAAUUAGUUUGUAUUUAAACCAGAGCAUGUGAUAUGAUUAAGAAAUUUCAAUCAGUCAGGUGGUUUUUAAUCACAAGAUAAACAGUAUAAAUAAAUAGUUUUUAUUGGGUGGUGGUUCUUUAUUCUUGGUAUCUGGAUUGGUGGACUACCGAUACGCCAACAAUGUGUUACUGGCUGUCAGGUUGUUGGCUGAAAUUCAGUUGGCACCAGAAUAUGUGAAUACUGGAACACCACAGUAGGUUCUACAUUACAGACAGCAUUAGGUUCACUAGAGGGAAGAUAUGACUACUGUUGCAAGAUCAAGGUUAUAAAUUUGCACUCAUAUCCACUCUGCACAGAUACAGUACAUCCUCUCUUCCAACAGCUAGUUUAAUGUUUAGUUUCAUGUUGUGAUUUUUAGUUCGUUUUGUGAUGUUUAUUUCUGUGAAGAGUUUUCCCAGCAAUAAAGCUGCGCUUUAAGUUAACUUUCCUUUUCUGAGUCCUGCAUUUGGGUACACAUCCUGCCAGCCACACAGCACUCAUCAUGACAUCAUGGAGCUUUAUUUCGAGUUAGUUGUAAUUUAAUUUCUUUUAUUAAAGCACUGGACCAGAUCACACUGCAAUAGUUAGGCUGUGCCAGAACUUUCUUCUUGGCUCUUGACGGAGGUGGUCGCACUUUUCUCUCUCUGCCUCUCCCUCUCCCUUAUCUUCCCUUGGCUUCUCAUGUCUUUGUAUAGUCUCGCUUAUUCUCUAACCCUAAGAGAGUCUCCCAGACUUGUUCUUUUAAAAACCUAAAGAAGAAUUAUGGAUUUGAUCAACUGGUCCCUUAACAAAAUUGACAAACUCCUGGGCUUGGUAGAACCCAAUUGUCCUGCGGAGAUGUUUGCUGCCAGGUACUCGAUGGUCUGUUGCGUCGUGUUUCUGGUGAUACUCUUGAUGGAGAACAUCAAACGACAUCUACCAAUUCGGAACCAUGAUAACAGAGUUCUGGCU